CAUGAAUUUUUACAAUAAUGUAUAGUAUUCUGACUUUGUGGCUGUGGUAACUAGUGACAACGACGUUGCCUUGGCUUCAAGAUGGCGGAGGCCUUGACAAGUCAGGAGGAACUGGCGGUGGAGGAGUUCCUGAGGGAGGUGCGUAGCAGGGAGCAGCCCCACAGUGCAUCCCUGGUCUCUCAGCCAACCGCCGUCAAGUUCCUCAUGGCACGCAAGUUCCACGUCCCCCGAGCAAUAGACCUCUUCCAGGAAUACAAGAACACGAGGAUUAAGGAGGGCAUCUUCAACAUUAACCCAGACGAGGAACCUCUCCGCUCUGAACUGCUCAGCGGAAAGUUCACCGUCCUG